AGAGGAGGGAGCGGCUGCCAGGCAGUGCCGGGGUCGCUCCGCUCUGCCACAGUAGGCAGCGGGCUGCCGGCGCCAGGCAGGCGCCAGGCCGAGCCCGGGGACCCCCCCCCCGGAGCGGGGACGCCCCACUUCCACCUCGACGGCGGCGGGAGGCAGGAGGAGGCGGCAGGAGGCGGCUGGAGGCGGCUGGAGGCAGGAGGCGCCGGCCCGGGCCGGCCCGGUCCUCCUCACGCUUGGCCAGCCAACGUUGGCUUAGAAGGCUCUUCCCUCUCCCAAGAAAAUGGGGACUGACAGUGAAAACCCAGUCCUGAGAAAUGUGCUCAUCAGCUUCAACUUGCUGCUGCUGGGUGCUGUCCUGAAGCCGUUUGAGUGCCGGCUGGAGGUGACAACAGAGCCAGCCGAGAGGCCGGCAGUGGAUGAGGAGGGGGGCCUGGCCAACUGCAGCCCACCCGUCAAAGAGCAGCCCAUGGUCUUCCACCACAUCUACAACAUCAACGUCCCCGUGGACAGCUGCUGCUCCUCCAUGCUCAGGUCUUCGGCUGAGGAGGUGAGUUCAGAAGACGACAGGCUGGCGGAGUACACGGAGCAGACCUCUGACAGCGAGAGCCAGGUCACCUUCACCCACAGGAUAAACUUGCCCAAGCAGGCCUGUAAGUGCUCCACCUCCCUCCCGUCCCUGCAGGAGCUGCUGAGCAGGAUUGAGAUGCUGGAGAGGGAGGUCUCCAUGCUCCGGGACCAAUGCAACUCCAAUUGCUGCCAAGAAAAUGCAGCCACAGGACGCCUGGAUUACACCUUACCAUGCAGCGGCCACGGGAACUUCAGCCUGGAGUCGUGCCGUUGCAUCUGCAGUGAGGGCUGGGCGGGCAGCAACUGCUCAGAGCCGCGCUGCCCACGGGGCUGCUCCAGCCGUGGGGUCUGCCUGGAGGGUCAGUGCGUCUGUGACAACGACUACGGCGGUGAGGACUGCUCCCAGCUCCGCUGCCCCGCCGGCUGCGGCUCCCGCGGGCUCUGCGUGGAUGGAGAAUGCAUCUGCGAGGAGGGCUUCGGUGGGGAGGACUGCUCUCAGCCCCGCUGUCCCCGUGAUUGCUCGGGAAGGGGACACUGUGACAACGGCACCUGUGUGUGCGCCGAGGGCUAUGCUGGGGAGGACUGCGGGUGGCUGCGGUGUCCCAACGCCUGCAGCGGACGAGGUGUCUGCCAGGAUGGCCUCUGCAUCUGCGAGGAUGGCUACGGAGGGCAGGACUGCUCGGCAGUGGCUCCUCCUGAAAACCUGCGUGUGACAGGGAUCAGCGACGGCUCCAUUGAGCUAGCAUGGGACAGCCCAGGAGCAGCCACUGAGUACGUGGUAUCAUACCAGCCAGCGGGGCCAGGGGGAUCCCAGCUCCAGCAGCGGGUGCCUGGGGACUGGAGCACCAUCACCAUCACGGAGCUGGAGCCAGGUGUUGCCUACAAUGUCAGCAUCUACGCAGUCAUCAGCGAUGUCUUGAGCAGCCCUGUCACCACCAAGGUGACAACCAACUUGGCCACGCCGCAGGGGCUGAAGUUCAAGACCAUCACAGAGACGACCGUGGAGGUGCAGUGGGAGCCCUUCUCCUUCCCUUUUGAUGGCUGGGAGAUCAGCUUCAUCCCCAAGAACAACGAGGGUGGUGUGAUUGCCCAGCUCCCCAGCACCGUCACCACCUUCAACCAGACGGGGCUGAAGCCAGGCGAGGAGUACACUGUUACCGUGGUGGCUCUGAAGGACCAAGCCAGGAGCCCCCCAGCCUCUGACAGCAUCUCCACCCUCAUCGACGGUCCAACGCAGAUCCUGGUGCGGGAUGUCUCCGACACGGUGGCCUUUGUGGAGUGGACGCCGCCGCGCGCCCGGGUGGACGCCAUCCUGCUGAAGUACGGGCUGGCGGACGGGGAGGGCGGGAGGACCACCUUCCGCCUGCAGCCCCCCCUCAGCCAGUACUCCCUGCAGGCCCUGCGGCCCGGCGCCCGCUACCACCUCGCUGUCAGCGCCCUCCGGGGUGCCAACGAGAGCCAGCCGGCCCUCGCCCAGUUCACCACAGAGAUUGAUGCCCCCAAGAACCUACGGGUGGGCUCACGGACCCCUGCCAGCCUUGAGCUCACCUGGGACAACAGCGAGGCAGAGGCACACAGCUACAGGGUGGUCUACAGCACCCUGGCUGGAGAGCACUACCACGAGGUUCUGGUGCCACGGGACACUGGCCCCACCACCCGGGCCACUCUUGCAGAUCUGGUGCCAGGGACAGAAUAUGGCAUUGGGAUUUCGGCUGUGAUGGACAGCCAGCAGAGCGUGCCAGCAACCAUGAAUGCCAGGACCGAGCUUGAUAGCCCCCGGGACCUCCUGGUGACAGCUUCCACAGAGACAUCCAUCUCACUGUCCUGGACCAAAGCCAUGGGUCCCAUUGACCACUACCGUGUCACCUUCACCCCUGCCUCAGGGAUGGCCUCUGAGGUGACAGUGUCCCGUAACGAGUCGCAGCUCACUCUCUCUGAGCUGGAGCCAGGGACAGAGUAUACCAUCUCCAUCAUCGCUGAGAGGGGACGUCAGCAGAGCCUGGAAGCCACCGUGGAUGCUUUCACAGGGGUCCGGCCCAUCACGCAGCUGCACUUCUCCCAGCUGACGUCCUCGAGUGUGAACAUCACAUGGAGUGACCCAUCCCCACCUGCAGACCGCCUGGUCCUCACCUACAGCUCCCGGGAUGAGGAGGCUGCACAGCAGCUGGCACUUGAUGGCACCCGCAGGCAUGCCAGCCUGACAGGUCUGCGGCCAUCCACCGAGUACCUGGUGUCCCUGGUGGCUGUCCAUGGUGCAGUCAGCUCUGAGCCUGUCACGGGCUCCAUCACAACAGGGAUGGAUGCACCAAAGGACCUCAGAGUGGGCAACAUCACGCAGGACUCCAUGGUCAUCUACUGGAGCCCUCCUGUUGCUCCCUUUGAUCACUACAGAAUAUCCUACCGUGCUGCUGAAGGGAGGACAGACAGCACGGCCAUUGGCAAUGAUGCCACCGAGUACAUCAUGCGCCUUCUGCAGCCUGCCACCAAGUAUGAGAUCGGAGUGAAGAGCGUGCGGGGCCGGGAGGAGAGUGAGGUGGCCUCCAUCACCACAUACACAGCCAUGGAUGCCCCGCUGGGUGUCACUGCCACCAACAUCACCCCCACUGAGGCACUGCUGCAGUGGAACCCCCCGCUGAUGGAUGUGGAGAGCUACGUCCUCGUCCUCACCCGCCACACAGUUGCAGGAGAAACAAUUCUGGUGGAUGGAAUCAACCAGGAGUACCAGCUGACCAACCUUCAGCCCAGCACCACCUACACGGUCGCCAUGUAUGCCACCAACGGGCCCCUCACCAGCCAGACUAUCAGCACCAACUUCACAACCCUUUUGGAUCCUCCAACAAACCUGACUGCGAGUGAGGUCACCCGACGGAGUGCACUGCUCUCCUGGGUGCCUCCCGUGGGAGACAUCGAGAACUACAUCCUGACCUACAGAUCAACUGAUGGAAGUCGCAAGGAGCUGAUCGUGGAUGCUGAGGACACAUGGAUCCGCCUGGAGGGUCUUUCUGAGACCACUCAGUACACCGUGCGCCUGCAGGCUGCCCAAAACGCCAUGCGGAGCGGCUUCAUCUCCACCACCUUCACCACAGGUGGCCGUGUCUUUGCCAACCCUCAGGACUGUGCCCAGCACUUGAUGAACGGAGACACGCUGAGCGGUGUCUACACCAUCUCCAUCAACGGGGACCUCAGCCAGCGGGUGCAGGUGUUCUGUGACAUGAGCACAGACGGCGGUGGCUGGAUUGUCUUCCAAAGGCGGCAGAAUGGGCUGACCGACUUCUUCCGAAAAUGGGCAGAUUACCGGGUUGGCUUUGGGAACUUGGAGGACGAGUUUUGGCUGGGCUUGGACAACAUCCACAAGAUCACAUCACAGGGACGCUACGAGCUGCGCAUAGACAUGAGGGAUGGCCAGGAAGCAGCAUAUGCCUACUAUGACAAAUUCUCCGUUGGCGACUCCCGGAGCCUCUACAAGCUCCGGAUAGGAGACUACAAUGGCACUUCUGGGGACUCCCUCACCUAUCACCAGGGCCGCCCCUUCUCCACCAAGGACAGGGACAACGAUGUGGCCGUGACCAACUGCGCCAUGUCCUACAAGGGGGCCUGGUGGUAUAAGAACUGCCACCGGACCAACCUCAACGGCAAGUAUGGAGAGUCCCGGCACAGUCAGGGAAUUAACUGGUACCAUUGGAAAGGCCACGAGUUCUCCAUCCCCUUUGUGGAAAUGAAGAUGCGACCUUACAACCACCGUAACAUCUCUGGGAGGAAGCGACGGUCCCUACAGCUCUGAGCCAGCAGAACUCCCCUCCCACCACCUGACCUUUUCUGUCAUUUGUUUGUAUUUUAUAAUAUGAAAAGGGGAAAAAAAAUAUUCCUCCUCUGAGAUAGCAACCUGCCCCUCACGAGUCCUGGAGGGAACCACAGCAGAAGCAAAGGCUGUGGGGAAAGAAAGACCUCAUUGCUUUCCAUCUGUCCCAGAGAAAUACCAAAUUUCCGGUCUCCCUACCCCCAUACUCUGGCCCUUAACAUAAAAAGAAAGAGAGAGACAGACAGAUUUUUUGAUAUUUUUGUUAAAAGACCUAGAAAUCCCCAGCAAACCCUGUCUGACACUUUUAUUACCGGGCUGGUGGCAGAAACCUUCCCAGCAGGGACCUUGGUGCCAUCAUUUCUACCCCAAGGCACGGCCAAGGACACCUGAUCUCCUCCCCAUCCCUGUUCUUUCUCAGCAGGGAGAGAACCUCACCAUCCCUCAGCAAGCAAACUGUCACACUUCAAGCCCAUGGCAAUCUGUUUGGGUUACACUGAGCUUGAGAGAAAAAGAGAAGAUGACAGACUGAGGAAAAGAAAAGAUCAUUUCAGUCUUGAAGUCGCCAUUAGGGUCCGUUUCCUCUGCUACUUCUUUAUGCCACCAUGAUGUCAUUCACAGAGGUCACUGGUCCCAAACCAAAGAGCCACAGAGAAGGACCAGCAACCAAACAAGCCAUCACACAGCCAGAGCUCAGCCUGAAGCCAGCAGCUGUGUCAUGCCACGUCCAGCAACCCGCAUGCAGCAGGGGAUGAUGACAGCACAGGCAAAGGAAUCAUAGAAGACAAGUGCACACCUGUUGCCUUGCCUCUACACCAUCCCUCCAUGUUUCCAUCGCAAGAGGGACCCAAAUCUCAGUGCCUUGGUAUCACCAUCGUUCUCAUGGGAAAUCAACUGCUUCCCUCCUCAAAAGAAGGCUUGGCCCAUUUAGACUUUGGAGCACCUGGAGACCCUUGAAAGAACAGAUGUAUUCACUCUUCGCAUCCUUAAUCUCUCUCAUUUUAAGGAAGAUGGACACCUCAGGUAGCCUUUGUUGUGCUCUGUUGUCAUUGCUGCCACCUGCACAGAGCCCCAGUGGCCAUCACCAUGGGCCCACCGCUCCACAGAGGCUCUGCUCAAUGCUGGGCUUUGUCACCCGCGUGUCCCAGGACAAUGCAGCCCAUCUCUGGAUGCACAGCCAAGGCAGAAUUACAAAUGCUAAACACUGCUUUUUGAUUUUACCACACUGAAGCUGCUUUGUCUCAGGAAACAUCUUCCAGAUGGCAACAUAAAGGCAUCUUUACAGUAGCUUAUAAUUCAGGCCAGUGUCUCUUUCAUGGUCAUGCUCCUUGAUUUGCUGACGUUACUCAUCACCCUGCAGAGCUGAAGGAGGGCAUUAAGCAGGACUCCAGCCCCUUUGUCCAUGCUGGGCACACAACCUCAGCUGGCCCCGAGGUCGGGAUUAGACAUGGGGUCCAGCCCCAAGGUGGGCAGCUCACAGCCUGCUGUCACAAAUCAGAUUUUAAGCAGUCCUCACCAAGUGAGUCCAACAGCUGGGGCACAGGCCGGGCAAGAGGCUGCACGUGUUGAGAUCUCUGCAGCAUCACUGAUGGCAAUAUCUCAGCCCACCUGAGCGGCCUGCCCCAUUAAAGAUCCCAAAAAGCAGCAGGUAGAACAGAUUAAAACUGAGGAGGCCUCCUGCUAGACGAGCACAGUAACAUUUUCCCCAUCACCAAGAGUUUAUGGGUAAGAAGUGCCCUAAAUGAAGUGCUGGAGUACAGCAGUUAUAGCUAGGAGCAGAGGUUGGUGGUGGAUGGUGUUCAUCUCCUCUUCAGGAUGGGGCUGUUUGCUUUUCCACUCAAAUGUAACAAAGAGAUGGCAGUGAAAAAAAAACGGUAACUCAGCACUGGCUAUCAAGGGGGAAGGCAAGAAACCUGUUUUCAUAAGCACAAAGCAAACAGAAAAUCAAAACCUGCCUUGCUUUUCCAAGAGGCUCAAAAGGAGAUCUUCAAAGAGGCUGGUUAUUCUCCAGGUAGAUAUCCUUCCGUGCGUCCCUCCCUCUCUGCUCACAUCCGUCAUCCUGUGGUCCUGCAGCUGGGACAGGAGGGCCUGGCCAACACAGCUCUGUCGUCAGGCCUGAAGGACACCCCUGGGGACAAUAUUCAACCUUCCAGUGAAACAAAACAAGUUCUUUCAGGAAAACGAAAGGGUUGUUACAAGCCAGAAAACCUGGCUUCUUCCCAAUUCUCCUUCCAAUGUCACCUGCUCUGCUUCCUUCCACCACCGUCCUGAUGGGUCAGGGCCCCUUUGCCUGGGCACUGCUGCUGUCACAUCCCAAAGCCCACAGCACCAGCAGCACGUCAGUCCUUCACCCCGCAGAAGACCACAUGCCCCCAGCACCUCCACAGCCUUCCAAAGCUACUUCUUGUUUCUAAACCCAAAACACCAGAAGGAAACACCAAGGGACCCUCUCACCUCUUUCCCAAUGCAGUUAUCCCUCCGUUUCUGUUCCCACCUGACAUCCACCUUUCCACCGCAUGCUGCUUUACUGCAUGACCAAAGAAAAGAAGUCCUGAAAGUAAGGGCUGCAUUCAGUGAAGUGACCCUCAGGGCAGCAUUUAUGGAGGAAUAAUGGAGUGGAGGCUUCCCCAAAGAUAGCUGGGCUUUGGCAGGAAGAUGCUGCAAGAGCAUCAGAGCCACACAAAGACUGGGGAGAAGCCUUCACCACUGCUCCUCCUCUUUGUGCUGCUUUACUGUGGGCAUCACAAAGUACAGUGCAAGCCUAAAUGCGCUCUCAGCUCCUUCCCGAAACGAUAUUCACACCAUAUGAGGCAGAGGGUCAGGCAGGCUGCAGAAGUGCAGCAGGAGCCCCAGCACCCACCCAGCACCUCACCUCCAUACCAGCCAGGUUCCCUUUUCCAGACCCCAGCACAUCACACCCCGGGGUGACCACACAAGCAACACCCAGUAGCCUUCACCCUGUCAGAUACUGCCAGCAAAAAGUUCUCACCCCAAAAAACUUUAAUCCAUGCUUAUACCCCCCCUGACCAAAGGCUCUGCCCUAGGACCAAGCCCAGCCCCAUUUCUACCAACCAACCACCUGUAGUUGGGCCACCAGACCCAACCAAGCCCACAUGGAUGGCUGGCAUCUCCCUGCCCAGCCCAGAGCUCUGCAGGUGUCAGAGGUUUGCCGGAGGGAUGGUGACAUGGGGACAGAACCACCCAAGCAAAAAGCAGUGCCUCAUGUACAGAUGUCACACUGCAAUUGUGUCUAUUCCCUCAGAAACUGAAAACUAAACAACACAAAAAGGUGACAGAAGAACAGAGGCAACGAAACCCUUUGGAGAGAUGUUGAUGAACCAAACGCAGAUGAGUGCAGCCAAAUGAGGGGAAGAUGAAAGCGGAUAAAUGCGUAAAGAGAGAAAAUAAAUAAUAUAAAUAAAUAAUAUAUUAAACAACCCUCCCCCAUCCCAUAAUGAAAACGUAGCUGGGAGAAUGGGAUCGACGCUUGUUAACCAUUGUUAACUAGUAUUUUUAGUCUUGACCGCUCUUAGGCUAUGUAUAGUUCCUUUUUUUAAUGCAUUUUCUAUACAUUAAUAAAAGAUACCAAACGAG